AUGCGCCAACCACCUGGUUAUGAGGAUCAGUCAUUACCUGAUCAUAUGUGUUUGCUUAAAUUAUCUCUCUACGGUCUCAAACAGGCUCCACGUGCAUGGUUCACAAGGCUACAUGAUUUUCUAGUCUCUGUGGGCUUUGCGCCUUUAAAGACUGAUGUGUCUCUUUUUAUCUAUUCUCGUGAUAAUGUUCGUCUUUAUUUCUUGGUGUAUGUUGAUGACAUUUUGAUUAUGGGAUCUGACUCAGACUGUGUUAUUGCUCUUAUUAAUAAAUUGGCACUUGAGUUUAAAGAUAUUCUCAAACGUGCUGCCAUGGUGGACUGUAAGCCAGUGGUCACGCCUGUCUCUACCGCGAAAACAUCCGACGAUGUUGCCACUCCAUAUGCCGAUCCAACACAAUACAGAAGUCUUGCAGGUGUUCUCCAAUAUCUUACGGUAACUCGUCCUGAUCUGUCUCAUGCUGUUAAUCUCUUGUGUCAACAUAUGCAUGCCCCCACUUGUAACAUCCCGAAAUUUUGA